AUGAGACAAGUGGCUGUAUAGGAACUCAAGAUUUGAUGUUCUUCACAGUCAUUUUCUGGAAGUCCAUGGGCUUGCAGCAAAAGGCUGUGAAAAUGGAGUGGAAUUCCCUGCUGAUGCUGCUGGAAGCUGCGGAAUACUUGGAAAGACGAGAGAGAGAAGCGGAGCACGGCUACGCCUCGGUGCUGCCCUUCGACAGCGGCUACGCCAGGAGGAAAAGCAAGGCCGGGAAGCCCCAGAGCAGCCGUGGGACUUGCAGGUCUUCACAUAAUGAACUAGAAAAGCAUAGACGAGCUAAACUACGACUAUAUUUAGAAGAGUUAAAACAACUUGUCCCUUUGGGAGCAGACAGCACUAGACACACUACACUCAGUCUGCUGAAAAGAGCCAAGAUGCAUAUUAAGAAAUUGGAAGAACAAGACCGGAAAGCUCUAAAUAUUAAAGAACAGUUACAGCGAGAACAUCGAUACCUCAAGCGCAGAUUGGAACAGCUCUCCAUGCAGGGCCUGGAACGAAUUCGCACAGACAGCCUGGGAUCAACAAUAUCUACGGAUUCUGAGCAAGAAGUAGACAUCGAAGGAAUGGAAUUCCCACCAGCUGAAAUGGACAGUAGCAGAAGUCCCAGCGAUGCGGAAGACAGUUUGCAAGGGAGCUCGAGCGACAGCGGCUACACACAUUCGCACAGACUCAAUGCCAGGCUUCUGUAGCAUCGAAGGGCACCGCUCAACUCAGGACGUUCUGACUAAAGCACUUACACGAAAUAUGCCGGACUGCCAUUCUUCCAGAAAACCUCAGCCCACAGUAAUCUGAAAGGAGGUUUCGUGCCCAGGGUUCGCCGAACGACGAUUGGUAUAUUCAAUAAAUUGCAAAUCAUGUUUUUUUUCUACAAAAUGUGAUUAGAUACACUUGCGGCUUAAAGUCCUUUAUUGUAGCCAUUGUACACACUGUUAGUUCUGGGUGGGUGGGUGUGUGCUUUUAAAAAAUAUUUUAAAAUACAAAGUGGGCAUAGCAAAUAUUUACACACGAAGAUGGAGAUUUUCUGUUAGCCACUCAAAAAUGGGUUUGUCUCUGGCAAUAGGAACUUCUGUAGCCGAAACGGCGCGUUAAAAGGCUCGUCCACAGUUCCGCUUGCCACAACAGUCUUUCCCAGGAAAACCUGCUUUUUACCGCUGAAUCUGAUUGGGAUUUCUCUGAAUUAAGAGUGGGUUUUCCAGGAGAAAGUGGCAUGGCAAAGGCAAAACUGCUCAGACCCUCGUUCUUUGGAUUUUGGCUAUAGUGGACCAAGGAUUGAAAAGUUAGUGGGGAGGAUAUACUUUUUUAAAAGUACAUUAUCAUUUUACCAAAAAAAACCCCAACAACUUUGGUUAGCAAAUAUUCCUAUAGGAGAAGUUCUUUCGAUAUUUUUGAGACACACACACACAAAAUGUAUAUUCUCUUGAUUUAUCAUCAAGCGUACUGUUCAUCUUCAAAAGAUGAGGGGAAAGCUGAUUCGAAUCAGGACUUAAUGUGCAAUGACCCUAGCUUUCUAUGUUUUUAUAUAGUGACUUAACUCCGGAAGAAAAUAAAUCGUGUUUGCUUGCACAUGUAAAAAAACAAAACACUCUGCUAACUUUUGAGGGUCAGGAUUAUUGUGCACAAAGAUUAGUUGCCUCUCAUUUGGUGAUUUUUAGCAAGGGUUGUUUAUUGUACUCCUGUUUUUACUCUCCACGAAAUGCUUUGACCGCGUAUGUAGCACUCGGCCCUCAGGAUUUUCAUGUUUUGUAUUUGCAUUUAUUCUUCCCGCCUUCUCAGACCGUGAUUCUGAUGAUUGUGCCACAUCCAAAUGAGUGAAUGUCAAUUCAGCAGAGGAGGCCCAUGUCUGCAGCUGUUACAUAUCAUAUAUUAUGAUGCUUAUCUAGUUCCUGUUUUAACUGAUGGAAGUGUCAGGUGUACAUCUCCAUUCAGGUCAUUUAAGUCUCACGUAGUCAGAUGGGACAAGCUGGAUUGGGGCCAACACACUCUUUUUUUCCUAAUUGAUUUUAAUGUUUACCAUUCAAUAUUUCAGUAUUCUUUGUGAAGGAUUCAGAGCUCGAAUGAACCAGAGCUGGAUUAUCAAAUAGUUGUUCAGAAGAAAGCAAAACUGUUUGCUUAAGUUUUUUUUAAAAAAAAUAUUAUAUUGCUUUCUGCAGCUGCAAAUACACUUAAAUGGAAGGCAUGGCUUUAAAUUACAGUAUUCAUAUUAAACCUUUUUCUUUCUUUCUUUUGUAUGCUAUCAUUGGAAUUGGAAUUCCUUACAAAAUGCAAAGAAAACGCUGUAAAAUUGCAUCGUUUAUUUAGCGUUCAUCAAUAUGUUUAGAAUAUAAUUACCCCGAUUGUAGCAAUACUGCAACCUUGCCUUUUAAUACACUUUAAGCUUAGUGAAGUCAUUAGAGUUUGGCUUGCUGGUAAUUAAAAAUGGACCAAUCUUUGCAUCGCUACUUUAAGGUCUUUUUUAAAUAAAUGAAAAAGAUUAAAAGCUAUAUAGACUUUAGACAUGUUAUAUUGCCUGUAAAUACAUUUCCUAUUAAAUACUCUGUAUUAUAUUUUUCCUAACUCUUCCCAUUUGCUCAUAUAGAGAAAGGGAAUAGUUACAUACCUGAAUCGGAGUCUCAGGGACUCUUCACCUUAGUCAAAUUGUGCCUUGGUGACCAUUGAUCUAUUCCUUUUCCUUUCCUUUUUUUUAAACCUUAGUGUGAUUACUUCAUAAGCACCAGUCAGCAUGUUUGAGUGUAUCAUCUUGCUGAAGGUGAAGCUCUGAGACCUCUUGGUUUUUUUUAAAAAAAGAUACUUUUAGUGCAGGGAAAAUAAUCAUUCCAACGCCUAUACCCAAUAAUUUAACCCCACUUUAAAAAUGUGUAAUAUUCAUGCGUCUCGGAUCGGUGGCUUCCAAGAAAGCCAUAUAAACCCUGUUCCAGAAGUCCAUGUGUUCAGAUGCACAUAAGGAUAUUUUCUGCUCCUGAUUUAAACGGAGAGGGGUCACUCUGUGAGAAAACUAUUCUUUCCGUUUAAAUUAAUUGGGAGACUCGCUCUAGGGACAGGGAUCUACUGAGUAGACCGCAGGAUCAGGGCCAUGCUGUCAGCUGCUACAACCUAAGGCCGCAAUUGAAUAGUUUUAGCGUUGAACUAAAUUUUAUACGGCAAUGAACCGGUGAGAAGGGUGAAACAAAAUAUUUUGGGUGCCUUUCUCACAUCCCAGAGGCACCCUAGGGCAAGACCUGCCCCCAUCACUGCCAGCUCCUGCUUCUGAGCAUCAGUAAACCUUUCCCCUUUCCUUCCUGCUAUUUUCAAACUGGGGGUUAACAAGUGGGAAUUUUAAUAUUUUUUAAAUCAGGCAGCCUAGACAUAGACGGAGGCAGGCAUGCUGGUGUUCCGCUCUUCGUUCUGCCAGCUCAAGUCCCAGCAGGAUGUAGGGCAAAGCAUUUUCAAAACACACCUUAAGAUUGCAGCCUUUGCUGCUUCCUUUAAUACUCAGCGUAUUAUUUUCCCCGUGGUGCUCACAAUGCAGAAAACAAAAGGUCGGCUAUACUUUUGGCAGCUUACAGGCCUUGUUAGCCCAGAACUUGCUAACCAAACCAGGCUGCUUCAAAAGCAGCCAUCUAUUUUGUAGUCAUCCCUCCUUUAACCAGGGGGAAGACGCCUAAAGCUAUAAACCGGCAGCUAAAUUGGAAAUAAACCUCUGUUAAUGCUCUUGCAUUGUACACUUUGCAUAUGAUUAAAACCUUUCGUGAGAAAAGAUACACAGCAAUAUAAGCAUUGUGUGUAGUGGAAAGCAGCAUUAAUUACUAGCUCCUCUUGAUUGCAUUUAAUGUUGAAAAUCAUGAUAUCUAUUUUUUAGAAGUUUACUUUAACUGUUACUGGGGAAAACAGUUGCGUUGUUGUGUUUCUUUUACUAUAUAAUGAAUGGAUUCAUGGCUUGUAAAAUGUUGGCUUUCAUGAAAAAGCAGCUCUUGCACAGAACAUUUCAAACAUAAAAAUCUGAGCGAAUGGAAAAGAGAUCUCAUGUAAAACAUUGUUGACUUGAUGCUACUCUUUAAAAAUAAUAAUGAAUGUGUACAAUUUAAUGAACUCUUCCAUGCUGGGUAUAAGUGGCUUUGUAUAUCUUUUAUAUUUUCAAUAAAGAUUACUCCAGUAUUCUAAGUUGCA